AUGCGUAUUAGAAAGUACGAUAUUGUCAGCUUGCCAAUUGUGCCUCCCUCGGAGCGCAUGACGGCCAACCUCUUACCCGACCCGAUCACACCGGAGCCUCGAUCUAUCGUCUCCGUCUCGGACUCUUCGCCCUCACUGGUACGCAGAGCACGACCGGUUGGCCAAGGCGCCCACUUCAGCUACCUGUCCACCCUCCCGCUUUCCUUUCCAUACGACUUUCCCCCGGAGGAAGAAGGCGAACAGUCAUUGGGCGAACGACACCAACAGGAGCUCGAGCAGAAUGCUACGGACGACGCACAGCUUACGGAAGAGCAAAAGAAGAACAAGAUCGAACAAGCACACAAGCGCAGGAUGCAAGAAGUCGAGCAUAUGUUGCGAAGGUAUGAAGUGCAGCCAUCCGAAGCUGGCGUUAAUGAUGAUGGCGACGCACCCGCAGCAUCGAAAGGCUUGAAAGGAUAUGUUCCUCCCCGUCGGCAACACCAGCAUUUCCCAUCAGCUCGCCUGUUAGGGGUCUCGCCAGCCGCACUGCGAGAUUGCUUGCCGCAUCUGGAUGUUGGUGAUGCUCUCCAGUGGAUCAAAAGUCACAACAAGUCGGCUGGUCCAAGCUCGUACAGCUCCGGUCCCAUUGCUGAUGCUCACUUCGGUGAUAGAUCUUCACCGGAUGCUGCUGCUCGUAAGACACUGAGCGACUUUGUCUCGGGCCGAAUGAUUGGCGCACGCAUUUCCGGCAAGCCAGAAGAGCUCGAGACAGAUGACCGUGCAGGAUACGGCACAAAAUACAUGCGCAUUCGCGAAAAAGUCAUCAAAGGCGAACAGGAAGAAGAAGCCGUUGAUGCGCGCAUUUUGCGCCGUCUUGACGAGCUCGAACAGAAACGCGCCUCUGCAGACACAGCCGACUAUGCCCCUUGGUCUCUCUGCUACGCUGGUCACCAAUUUGGUCAAUGGGCUGGCCAACUUGGUGAUGGGCGUGCCUUCACCUUGAUCGAGACCAAGAACCCCCAAACCAACCAACGAUGGGAGAUCCAGCUCAAAGGUGCCGGUCGCACACCUUAUUCUCGCUUCGCAGACGGUCUCGCAACCCUCACCAGCAGUGUUCGAGAAUUCCUCUGCAGUGAAGCUAUGGGUGCACUCGGCAUUCCCACCAGUCGGGCACUUGCCGUUGUGGCCCUCCCCGAGCUGCAUGUCAUCCGCGAACGCGUCAAUAUGGCAGCUAUCACCACCCGUCUCUGUCCCUCUUGGCUGCGUAUCGGCUCGUUUCAAAUCCACAGCUCGCGUGGUGAAUGGGAGUCGGUCCGCGUUCUUGGCGAAUACGUCUCGCGCGAUCUGUUCAAGUUCGAAGACGUCAUCAAGGGCGGUGCUGUUGGCGACGAUUCUCAGCAGCGACCACCGUGGGCGAAGAGGAUGGUGGAAGAAGUAGCCACCCGAAACGCAAAGACCAUUUCACUGUGGCAAGUCUACGGUUUCAUGCACGGCGUUAUGAACACCGAUAACAUCGCGCUUACCGGACACACCAUCGACUAUGGACCGUACGCGUUCAUGGACCUCUACGACGAAGGGCAGAUUUGCAACCAUUCCGAUAGUGAAGGAAGGUAUACUUAUCGUUUGCAGCCGACGAUGGGUGUUUUUGCCAUUCGCGAGUUGCUGAAUGCUGUUGCACCAAUGGUCGGGUUCGAGAUCGAGCACAAGCGUGCCCCUGCGCCCGGCGAGUUUUUGAAGUCGACUCCGGCUCAGAUCGAUGAAUGGACCGACCUGUGCUCGGACGAGUACUCGGAGAAGCUCGAGGGCAUCUUCACUAGCACACUCUCGGAGCAUUGGAAGGAAGCCUACCGUGCCCGACUCGGCCUCAAGACAGCAGAAAGUGACGAUAAGAGUGCGACCAUUGACCCUCUCUCUGACGUGCUUACAGAUCUCGAUUUUUCGACGACCCUUCGAAGACUCUGCCAACUACCUGCCUUGCUCAAAGCCCGUGGUGCUACAUCUGAGGACGAAGAGAAGCUCAAAGAGAUCAUCGACCUCAUCCUUGCCGGCGGUGAAGGUGUGCAGCCGUGGUACGACGUGUUUAUCCUCCCCGAAUAUAUUCGCUCGCAAAAGGAGACCCAGGCUCGAACUUGGUUGCUCACCUACGCCCGCCGCUUGCUGAAGGAAGGAAGAGAUGGCGAUGAGGUGACGGAGGAAAUGAAGGCCAAGAACCCACGCUUUGUGCUUCGCAAUUGGGUCACCAAUGAGGUAGCUAAGCGUUUGGAGCAGGACAACGAUACCGAUGUUUUGGCAAAGGUGCUUGAGAUGGCAACGAAGCCGUUCGAUGAUUGGGGAUUGCCAGCGGAGGGUAAGAGUGAUGAAGAGAUCGCUGAGGAAGCAAGGUUGUGUUCGUUAGGCCGUCCUUUGACUGGUAACCUUCCUUCUUGUUCCUCUUAA